AGGAAGAUUAGAGCCAACAUGGCGUCGUCCGACGCUCCGCUGCUGCUUCUCUGUUGUUUAGCUUCGUGUUCGCUUCUCAUCAGCGGCUUCACACUUGAAUCUGAACCUUGUUACAAACCCAUCAGGGACCACAGACCACGAUCCGUCAGGACCCAGGCCCGGCCUCAUGAGUACCUGAAGGUGUCGGACCUUCCUCCGUCGUGUGACUGGAGGAACAUCCAGGGAAAGAACUAUGUGAGCACCACCAGGAACCAGCACAUCCCACAGUACUGUGGCUCCUGCUGGGCCAUGGGAGCCACCAGUGCAUUAGCUGACCGUAUCAACAUCAAGCGAGGAGGGGCGUGGCCGUCGGCGUACCUGUCCGUCCAGAAUGUGAUCGACUGCGGGGGGGCGGGCUCUUGCUUCGGAGGAGAUCACCUCGGAGUCUACGCAUACGCCCACGAGCAAGGCAUCCCGGAUGAAACCUGCAACAACUACCAAGCCAAAAACCAAAAGUGUGAGCUGUUCAACCAGUGUGGGACCUGCUCCUUCUUUGAGUCGUGCGCCGUGGUGAAGAACUACACUCUGUGGAAGGUGGGAGACUACGGAAACGUUUCUGGAAGAGACAAGAUGAAAGCAGAACUCUACAAAAACGGGCCCAUCAGUUGUGCCCUGAUGGCCACCGGCGGCCUGGAGAGUUACUCUGGGGGGGUUUUCUCAGAGUUUCACCCGCUGUCGCUGCCGAAUCACAUCGUGUCGGUGGCGGGUUGGGGGGUGUCGGAGGAGGGGGCCGAGUACUGGAUCGUCAGGAACUCCUGGGGAGAGUUUUGGGGUGAACGCGGCUGGGCGAGAAUCGUCACCAGCUCCUAUAAAGGAGGAAAAGGCAACUGGUUCAACCUGGGUAUUGAGAAACACUGUGUUUAUGGAGAUCCCAUUGUUACAUAGACACUAAGAUACACUGAUGAACUCUAGUUUUGUCUUGUUUGGUUCAUGGAAAUUACGACAGAAUAUUAAAAUAAUGUAGGAAAUAUGUUAAUUUGUGGGUUUUUUGCUGCAAGCUUUUGGGGGAAAUUGUUAUUUCACGUUUUAUUAAAUGUAAUGAAUCUUAAUUUAGAGCUGAACCCCAUUCAGACAGGAUCUGUGCACGAACCUGCAGCUUUCAGCUUGAAAUGACUCACUCCAGCUCCAUUAUCAUCACAUUUCCACAGGAGCUUCUCCGAGCUCAUUGAAAUUCACCUGUGGUGAAACAGCCGUUGACAGCUUUGAGAGAAAAAAAGAAGCUUAAAACUUAACUCUGUUCUCAGCAUCGUCAGAAUCACACAAUCAUAUCACACAACACUACACACUGAGCAGCCGCCUGCUGCACUUUGGUUUCUCUUCAUAUGUAAAUGUGUCACAUGGAAGUUGGAACUUUGUCGCCUUCAUUUGUGAAGGAAAUGACCGAAUCAGUGUUUUCUGCAGAGUUGAGACACUUCACCCUCUGUGGUGGUUUUACUUGACUGAUUCUAGUUUAUCUAGACUCAUUGUAUUUAAAUCCAACUACUGAAAAUGUGAAUUAAUAAAUGAUGAAACUCCA